UGCUGGGUACUGACGGGCACCGGGCGGCUGCUGGAGGGGAAGUCUGUGUCAGUGAGGUGGUUACGCCCGUGGUCUGUGUACAAACCGUCGGGGUGUGCGUGUGUGUGUAGGGGUGGGGAGUGAGUGUUACUGAUUUGGCAUCGGCAGCAAUCCGAUGUGCGCUCAGUGAGGAGGAUGCUGAGGAAGGAGAGGCAGGGAGAGACACGGUGAUGCGGUGACACAUGGCUGCCUGCCGGUGCACUUAGACUGCGGCUCACACUUCUUUCCAUUCACCGAAAAAUAGGAGAGGCUGGACUCCGGGGUGCCUAGAGACGCUGCUCGGAGGCUGGAGGCUGCCCCAACCGUCAAACGAGCUGUGGAAGCCCCGCACACUGCUUAUCGGACAGCCUGCUGAUCCCUUUGCGUACUGAGAUAUUUGGCCUUGCCGAGCCGCCGUAGAGAUGGGAGAUAACAUGUCCAAGCGACUGAAGCUGAUCACGGCUACAGACGCAGAGAUGGAGGAGCGCUCUUUUUCAAACCCAUAUCCCGACUGGGACCAAGGAGUCCUCACCUCCAACUCUGGAGCGGAUGUAGUUUGCAAUGACCCCCUUGAUUCGGAAGGAAAGGUUAGCACAUCCUUUCAGAAGAAGGUCCAGAGUAAGAUCAAAGAUCUCCUCCAGCAGAUGGAGGAAGGCCUAAAGACAGCCGACCCCCAUGACUUCUCCACCUACACCGGCUGGACAGGCAUUGCAUUGCUGUACCUUCAACUGCACCGGGUCUCAAAUGAGGCCUCCUACCUGCAUAGAGCCCUAGACUAUGUAAAGAGGACCAUGAGGAUCCUGAAUGGGCGCAAAGUGACAUUUCUAUGUGGUGACGCAGGGCCUCUGGCAGUGGGUGCGGUGGUCCACCACAAACUGAAUAACACGACUGACAGCAAAGAGUGUCUGUCCAGGCUUCUUCAGCUUCAGCGGUCUGUGCUGAGCCCAGACUCUGAUAUACCAGAUGAGCUGCUGUAUGGUCGUGCUGGAUACCUUUAUGCUUUGCUGUACGUUAACAAAGAGAUCGGCACUGACACUGUGGAUGAGGACACCAUUACAAAGGUGGUCACAGUCAUUGUGGAAUCUGGUAAGAACAUGUCAGCAGAGCAGAAGAAGACUGAUCGCUGUCCACUCCUCUAUGAGUGGCACAAGAAGCAGUACAUCGGCGCUGCCCACGGCCUGGCCGGCAUCUAUUACAUGCUGAUGCAGCCUGGAGCAAAAGUCCAUCCAGACAUCCUGUCAGAGUUGGUUCGCCCCAGCAUCGACUACGUCCGCCACAAGAGGUUUCGUUCAGGAAACUUCCCUUCAUCCCUGAGCAACGAGAGCGACCGGCUGGUCCACUGGUGCCACGGAGCGCCCGGUGUUAUCCAUAUGCUUAUCAUGGCCCAUAAGAUUUUUAAAGAAGAAAAGUACCUGAAGGAGGCUGUAGACUGCGGUGAGGUGAUAUGGCAGCGGGGCCUGCUCAGAAAAGGCUACGGUAUUUGCCAUGGAACCGCUGGCAACGGAUACGCCUUCCUGUCUCUCUACAAGCUCACCAAGGAGAAGAAAUACCUGCACCGCGCCUGCAAGUUUGCUGAGUGGUGUUUGGACUACGGGACACAUGGGUGUCGUAUCCCAGACAGACCAUACUCCCUUUUUGAAGGUAUGGCAGGAGCCAUCCACUACAUAUCAGAGAUGGAAAACCCCGAAGCUUCGUGUUUCCCUGCCUUUGAACUUUGACCUGACAGCCCCUGACUUUGGAUUACGAAGGGGAGGCUUAAUAUUUUCAAGUUAACUUUCCUUUAAAGAUACACUGCUCAAAAAAAAAUAAGGGGAACGUUUAAAUCACACAUUGGAUCUUGAUAAAUGAAAUACUCACACUGAAAAUCUUUAGUGACAUAAAUUCUGUAAUUAUCUUGAGAACAAAAUGAUCUACUAACAGUGAGAACCAAUAUCAUCAACCCUUUAAGGGUUUGAAUUUAGAAACCACACCAAAAAUCCAAGUUAAAAAUAGAAAUCACUGGCUCAUCUGACCUGCAUCAUAGUGUGGCUCAGCAGUAUGUGUGGUCCCCAUGAGCCUACAUGCGCUCUUGGCUGGGAAUGCUCUUAGCUGAUGUCUUUAAAUCUUGUUCUGGACUUGGAUCAAGGCAUCAGUAAACUUCUGGACAGUUUGUGGCACUAUUUGGUGGGUUUCGAUGGACCAGCGCAUAAUUUUCCAGAGAAUCUUCAUAUCUGAGAAGCACGGGGGCCUAUAACUGGCGUCAGUGCCUUCAUCAUCCAGGAACUGCCUUCAUUCUAGCCAGCGGAGGACAGACAUUGUUGUGCACCAAGAGGGUCCCAGGGCUUGCUCCAGCAUGAAGUCUGACAUUAGAUAUGUGUAUUUCAUCCUGAUACCAAACAUGCAGGUCUGUUUCACUAUUUCACAUGUGAACAUGCUCUCAUCAUAGGGCACUAGUGUGAGACCUCCCAGUUUCGGUGGUAUCUGAGAAAAAUCAGUCAUGAGGAUUAAGAGGAGAGCAUUGGUCUGUGGCUACAACCUGCAAAACCAUUCCCAUUUGGGAGUUGUCUUCUUGUUGCUUUUCCAUUGUUGCCACAUUCAUUGGCACCAAAACAGGUGAAAUUAGUUGACCAUGAUUUAUAGUUACAAGAAGUUUAAUUGACUGUUUUAUUCUGAGAUCAUAAAGUGUUCCCCUAAUAUUUUUUGAGCAGUGUAUUUUGAUAAAACUUUCAGCCUUGGUCAUGCGUAAGUAGUGACCAAUAUUAGACAUUCAAACUGGAAAUAAGUGCAACUGAUUAAUUAUUUGUUGGAUUAAAGACAUGGUUAGCUUUUCUGUGAUUAAAAAUGUACAGGGAAUGUUUUUGGACAAAACUACACAUUCAUUUAUGUAGGUGUAGUAAAAAUAAAAGAAGCAGUAGAUCGAUGGAGCGCGACCAUCGUAUUGCCUCUUUUUCUCUUGUUGAAGAUAGACACUGGAUCUGAUGUUGGAACGCUGUCAGAACUCAUCUAUAAUGUGCUGAGAAAAAGACGUGGACCUCAUGGCUCCCCAUCAACACAUUAUUGCCAGCUGGGCAUGGUCACAGGAGCACAUUCUAAGCACUCAGCCUUUAAUAUUGUAGCACUUAGGCCAAGAGAGCAAGUGUGGGUGUGUGUGUGUAUGUGUGAAGAUGUGUAUCUCUGUCAAAUGAACUAAAGCUGUUGUGGCAUGCUCACUGUUAUUGGCUUUUGAUGCCUCAUUGUGUGUCAGUGUAGUAGUUAUUCUUCCUGUAUUUAGGUGUGCUGUUUCAGUUCUUCAUGUGUUGAUCGCAUAGUAGGCAACAUGUUUCUUUGCCCUCUUUUAUUUUAUUAACAAGUAUAAAGUAGCUCAGUGCUCUCAAGCUGACCGUCAGCUGUAAAGUCCGUCUGCAGUUUUUCUGUUAUAAAAAUACAUGUUCCAAUCAUUGCAGUGAUUCACAGUUUUAGUGUCAACUUUGCAAUAGAUGUCAUAACAUGUAUAUUUCGGCAAUACUGGGCUUUGACUAAUUUCGAUCUUUUUAAAGGCUGAAUAAUUGCCUAGCAUACAUCUCAAAGAGGGAAAAAAACAUGAGCCAAGUGCAAAACUGAAUCAAUUUGGUUUUUGUGAAAUAAAAACAGGGUCAAACUUGUAUGUACUGGCUCGAAAAUGUUCAAACAUCUGCUUGGAUUAUUCAGCCCAGUGCUAAUGAAAGUGUCAAAACCUCUUCAAUUCCUCUUAGUGACUGGCUGUAUGUGGUUUCUUCUUUCUGUCUGGUUUUGUUUGACACUACUGAACAACUCAGUAGACUGUGUUCAGGAAAAAGUGUCUUUCGGAUCUGAUUUAUACAAGUCAGGUAUAUUUAUUAAAGAACUAUAGAUUCAAAAAUCAGCUCAAACAAUUGGACAAGUUUGAAGCACUACAUCACAUCCACUUUGCUAUGGUCUUAAAAACUUUUUUUUUCUUUUUUCUUUUUUUUGCAUUUUGAACCAAUUGCAGAUAAAAAUUACUUCUUCAGUUCCUGGUCACAUUUCUUUUAACACUGGUUUCAUUUUGGUACUGGAUCUGUUGGAAGAAGCAUGACUAUAAGGUUCAAAUGGUUGAAAGUUGAACAACAUAUAAUUCAGUCCAUCUUCUUCUGCUGAUCCGGGGUCGUGCUAAAGCAGAGAAGCCCACACCUCCCUCUCCCCGGCCACCUCCUCCAGCUUGUUGGGGGAACACCAAGGCGCUCUCAGGCCAGCUGAGAGAUAUAAUCUCUCCAGCGUGUCCUGGGUCUGCCCUGGGGCCUCCUCCCGGUGGGACAUGCCCGGAACAACUCGACCAGGAGGCAUCCUUGUCAGAUGCCCGAAUCACCUCAACUGGCUCCUUUUGAUGUGGAGGUGCAGCGGCUCUACUCUGAAUCCCUCCCAAAUGGCCGUACUUCUCAAUCUAUCUCUAAGGGAGAGGUCAGCUACCCUUCGGAGAAACCUCGUUUCCGCCACUUGUAUCCGCGAUCUCGUUCUUUUGGUCACUACCCACAGCUCCUGACCAUAGGUGAAGGUAGGGACUUAGAUCAACCGGUAAAUCGAGGGCUUCACUUUUACACUCAACUCUCUCUUCACCACGACGGACCGGUGCACCGUCUGCAUCACUGCAACCGCAGCUCCAAUCCGUCUGUCGAUCUCCCGCUCCCUUCCCGUCACUCGUGAACAAGACCCACGAGAUAGUUAAACUCCUCCACUUGGGACAGGAACUCAUCCCUGACCUGGAGUGGGCACUCCACCCUUUUCCGGCUGAGGACACAUGGCCUCAGAUUUGGAGGUGCUGAUUCUCAUUCCCACUGCUUCACAGCUGCGAACCGUUCAAGUGCGAGCUGGAGGCCAUCACCCGAUGAAGCCAACAGAGCCACAUAAUCUGCGAAAAGCAGAAAUGAGAUUCUGAGACCACCCAAGUGAAAGCCUUUCGCCACUUGGCUACUCCUAGAAAUUCUGUCCAUAAACAUUAUGAACAGAAUCGUUGACAAAAGGCAGCCCUGGUGGAGUCCAUCACCCACCAGAAACAAGACCGAAUUAUUGCUCGCUAUGCAGACCAAGCAGCGUUUGUAUAAGGAUCAAAUGGCCCGUAGGAGUGGGCCAGACUCCCCAUACUCCCAAAGCACCUCCCACAGGACACUCUGAGGGACACGGUUGUGUGCCUUCUCCAGGUCAUCAAAACACAUGUAGACUAGUUGGGCAAACUCCCAUGAACCCUCAAGUGUCCUCUAGAGGGCAAAGAGCUGGUCCAGUGAACCACUACUUUAUCGUGGUGGAGGGGUUUGUGUCCCAGGGAUUCUAGGGGCUAUGUUGUCGGGGGGCUUUUGCUCCCUGGUAGGGUCUUGCAUGGCAUAUUGGUCCUGGGUGAGGGACCAGACAAAGAGUGAUUCAGAAGACCCCUAUAAGUAUACAAUCAAGGGAACAGUUCACCCUGCCCGGGAUAGGGUUACCUAUGGCGUUAUUUUUGUGCCACUAUUCUGAGCGCACGUAAAAAAAAAUAUUGCAGGUGCAAGUGUUGCAUUUUGAGGAGAAAUUUAUUUUGAGCGAAGAAAAGCUAAAUUUGAGUGAACAAAAUUCAUUGCUGCGUGCAAAAACUGUAUUUCAGUGUUUGCUAUUAUCCACACACACACAAUAGCAGCCCCUCUCGCUCAGUUUUUGCAUUUGCGCUUGCUCGCAAUGUGUUGCUUGCGCUCUCAACAUUUCUGCCCGUGCGUGAUUGUGCGGGUAUUCAUGUUUCAUGGUAUUCAUGUUCUGCGACCAGAACAGCCAAUCAGAUUUUUUUGCAUCCAAGUCUGUGAUUGGCUGGUUUCGUGGCACAAACAUAACGGUGUAGAGAAAGAGUUGAGCGCACACGGGCAGAAAUGUUGAGAGCGCAAGCAACACAUU